UAAUGCCAGCUCACUAGGACGGUGGAUAUAUCUCACAAUCACUUAGUAUAAAAUGCACCUGUCGAGCUCAUGGUCAAACUACCCAAACACACUAGCCCACGAUGACAGUCGCACUCUUCAACCCCAUCAAGGUGGGGCACAUGGACCUCAGCCACCGCAUCGUCCUCUCCCCCCUCACCCGUUGUCGCACCUAUCCUAACCAUGUCCCCGGACCCUACGCAGCCGCUUAUUAUUCCCAACGCGCAUCCGUCCCCGGAACCCUCGUCAUCACAGAGGCCACCUUCAUCUCCCCGGCUGCUGGCGGGUGUGACUUCGUCCCUGGCAUCUGUACGGAGGAACAAGUCGCAGGAUGGAAGGAGGUCACAGAUGCCGUACAUGAGAAGGGGAGCUUUAUCUUUUGUCAGUUAUGGGCACUUGGGAGGGCAGCAUAUCCAGAUGUCCUCGCCAAGGAGUGUGGUGCUCCGCUUGUCUCUGCCUCACCUAUCCCACUCUCCAGAAGGCCUACACCUGUCCCGCACGCCCUCACAGAGCCGGAAAUAAAGGAAUUCAUCGAAACUUAUGUCACCGCCGCCAGGAACGCCGUCGCAGCAGGCUUCGAUGGUGUUGAACUUCAUGGCGCAAACGGAUACCUUCCCGACCAGUUCUUGCAAGAGGUGAGUAAUAUCCGGGAGGACGGGUGGGGUGGAAGUAUCGAGAAGAGAGCGAGGUUCAUGAUCGAGGUUGUGGAUGCUCUGGUGAAAGAGCUUGGGGCUGAGAGGGUCAGCCUGAGGCUGAGUCCAUGGAGUCCGUUUCAAGACAUGGGUCUCCCCGACCCUAAGCCACAAUUCUCUUACCUCGUAAGCCAGCUUCGGAAGUACGACCUCGCCUACCUCCAUGUCUGCGAGCCAGGCAUCGGUGGGAUUGUGGAUGCGGAUAUACCACCGGACAGUGACAUCGAUUUCUUGCGCGAGAUAUGGUGCGAGGAGGGCAAGAACCGAGUGUUUAUCAGUGCAGGUGGGCACACACGACAGACCGCAAUCGACACCGCGCAGGAGAAGGGGGGUUUGGUGGCGUUUGGAAGGUUGUUUAUCCCGAACGUGAGUCCUUUGAGCUUGUUCCAUUCUUGUGAAGAUCCGUGUUCGUUCUUCUUCAAGUUGUACAUUUUCCUUGCGUGUGUGCUGUCUUGCUGACAUCUACCUCCUCUUGCGUCUGAUUCUGUCCUCGUAUCCUAAACCUUCCAACAGCCUGACCUCCCGAUCCGCAUCAAGUACG